AUGUUUGCUGUUUCGAAAAUGAAGGCUCUGUUUCCCCUUCAAAUUUCCCAUCCCAUUGCACCGGCGUUGCCUCACGCUGUCGCCUUCCUCUCCGCAGCUCCCAAGUCGGCCCUUUUUUCGAUUUAUCCCGCAGUUACUCAGUUCCCUGCUUCUUCAUCUCUCAGACCCAUCAUGGGUUCAUCUGGGUCGAUGUUUUCUCGUGUUCAAAAUGGGAACUUUCGGCCAGCGGAGGCUGCGGGUGAUUCGACGACGUCCUACCCCUCCGGCGAAAUCCACGUCAUUGUGGGUCCGAUGUUCGCCGGCAAGACCACCAGUCUCCUCCGACGAGUUCAGGCCGAAAGCGAGAAUGGCAGAUUGAAUGAAGCUGUGAGCCUCUUGUGGCGUACUGAAUCACCAGUGGACGAUAGAACCUAUUCGCUCAUGUUGAAAGAAUGCAUUCUCACAAGGCGGUAUAAAACCGGGAGAAGAAUCCAUUCACAGAUGAUUGUUGUUGGCCAUCUUCCCACUGAAUAUCUCAAGACCAAGCUAUUGAUCCUCUAUGCAAAAUGUGGAGACCUAAGAACUGCACUUGUGAUUUUCAACAAGCUAAUCGACAAAACUCUAAUCUCCUGGAAUGCCAUGAUCUCAGGCUAUGUGCAGAAUGGCCUUGAACAAGUGGGGCUCAGUCUUUAUGCCAAAAUGAGACGAAACGGCUUGAUGCCUGACCCAUACACGUUUUCUUCCCUGUUUAGAGCCUGUGGUACUCUAGCUUUGUUGGAGCUCGGGAAGCAAACUCACAGCAUCAUGAUCAAGUGCAAUGUUAAAGAUAAUGUGGUUGUCAAUAGUGCCCUUAUCGAUAUGUACUUUAAGUGCAGCGACCUAGUUGAUGGUCAGAAGGUGUUCAACGAAAUGCCAAAUAUGAAUGUGGUGACCUGGACUUCUCUGAUCUCAGGGUAUGGUCAGCAUGGAAGAGUUGAAGAAGUUUUGGAAUUGUUUAGUAGGAUGAAGGAAGAAGGGUUCCGGCCAGAUCAUGUCACUUUCCUUGCUGUGUUAUCUGCUUGUGGUCAUGGAGGAUUGAUCGAUCAAGGUUGGGAUUACUUCUCAUCUAUGAAGGAUUAUGGGAUUGAGCCUAGAUGGAAGCACUAUGCUGCCAUGGUUGAUCUCCUGGGUCGAGCAGGAAAACUCCAAGAAGCUUAUGAUUUUGUUCUGAGCUCUCCACUUAAGGACCAUUCAGACAUAUGGGGUGCUUUGCUUGGUGCUUGUAGGAUUCAUGGAGAUACGGAUUUGGCAUCGAUUGCUGCUAGAAAGUUCUUAGAGUUAGAACCGGGAAAUGCAGGUAAAUAUGUGGUAUUAUCGAAUGCAUAUGCGACUCGUGGGUUCUGGGACCGUGUUAAAGAUAUCAGGGGGGUGAUGAGAGAGCUUGAUAUUAUGAAAGAGCCUGCUUAUAGCUGGAUUGAGAUUCAAGGGGUGGUUCAUGUGUUCUCUACACGCGAUAAGUCUCAUAGAAAGUCAGAGGAGAUACAGAGUCUCAUUCUCGAGAUGACGAGCAUAUUAAAGGAUGAUGUCUGUGAUUUGGAGAUCGAUGAAAGUGUUGCUGUUGUAAAAUCGGACAAGGAUACAAGAUAUGGAUUGGACUCAAUUGUAACACACGACGGUCUGAAAUUUCCCUGCUGGUCAUUGCCCGAAUUGUCGAUGUUCAGACAUAGUCUUGGUGUUGAUGCUUACAACCAGCUCGAUGUAAUUGGGAUUGAUGAAGCUCAAUUCUUUGGAGACUUAUAUGAUUUCUGCCGCGAGGCUGCUGAUCAGGAUGGUAAAACUGUAAUAAUAGCUGGCUUAGAUGGUGAUUACAUGAGGAGUAGUUUCGGUGCUGUUCUCGACAUAAUCCCACUUGCUGAUUCCGUGACCAAGCUGACAGCUCGCUUUCCUUGUCAAUUGAGGCUUUCUUUCAAUUGCAAACUAAUGUCCAGAUGGGCAAAUCGAAAGCUUGUUUCCUGUCCAACCAUUCAGCUGAAAGUCUUUCCUAGAAUCCCAUCUAUAAUCCUUACCCCGCCAACCUCCCAUCGUUAUUUCUCUGAUUCUCAGUUGGAGCUCAAGGGUUCAAAUGAGGAAAAUGAAUGGGAAAGAUUGCUUAAACCAUUUGACCUCAAAGAGCUUCGAAGGACACUCAGUCAUAGAAUCACCCCUUUUCAGCUCUGCAAGCUGCUUCAUUUGCCUCUCGAUGUCUCCAUUUCCAUGGAGCUUUUCAACCGGGUGGGCGCUCAGAAGGGCUACAUGCACACAUUCGAUGUAUACUAUGCUUUAAUCGAUAAGCUUGGUGGUUCGAAUGACUUCAAAUCUAUAGACAAGUUGUUGGUCCAGAUGAAGGAGGAAGGGAUUGUCUUCAGGGAGUCUUUGUUCAUCAUGAUCAUGAAGCAUUAUGGCAGAGCUGGUUUCCCUGGGCAAGCCACUAGAUUAUUGUUAGAUAUGAAGAAUGUCUAUUGCUGUCACGUCACAUUCAAGUCUUACAACGUAGUCCUCGAGAUACUCGUCGCUGGUAAUUGUCCUGUUGUCGCAUCGAAUGUUUUUUAUGACAUGUUGAGUAGAGGCAUCUCGCCGAAUGUUUACACAUUUGGAGUGGUGAUGAAAGGUCUCUGUAUGGUCAAUGAAGUGGACAAUGCUUGUUCUCUACUUAGAGACAUGACCAAGCAUGGAUGUGUGCCAAACUCUAUUGUUUACCAGACAUUGAUACAUGCUCUAUCGAAGAGGGAUCGAGUUGAUGAGGCUCUGAAGCUCUUGGAAGAGAUGUUCCUCAUGGGCUGUAGACCUGAUUUGGAUACGUUUAAUGAUGUUGUUUAUGGGUUAUGUAGGGUCAAGAGGAUCCACGAGGGUGCUAAGUUGAUUGAUCGGAUGGUUCUGCGUGGGUUUAUCCCGAAUGGAGUGACGUAUGGAUACCUAAUGGAUGGUUUGUGUAGAUCGGGAAAAGUAGAUGAGGCAUUUUCCUUACUGAACGAAGUACCGAGCCCUAGUGUUGUCCACUUCAAUAUCGUUAUCAAUGGGUAUGUGAAGAGUGGUAGACUCGAUGAAGCUAAGGAAAUUCUCUGCGGAAGGAUGAUAAACAGUGGGUUUAUCCCCGACCUCUUUACAUUCAACAUACUUAUAUGCGGGCUUUGCAGGAAGGGGUUGUUUGGUUCCGCUCUCGAGAUUGUUGAUGAAAUGGGUAGGAAAGGUGUUGAACCGAAUGUGAACACGUUCACGGCUUUGAUUGAUGGUUUCUGUAAGAAAGGUAGGAUUGAGGAAGCUAGCCAAAUCUAUGAAGAGAUGUCUGCCAAGGGACUUGGUCUGAAUACACUGGGAUACAACACUAUCCUCCAUGCUUUGUGCAAAUGUGGGAAUAUGUCUGAAGUUAUGCAAAUUUUUGGUGAAAUGUCGAGCAAAGGAUGCAAGCCUGACAUAUUUACAUUCAACACUCUAAUCUUUGGUCUUUGCAAGGCCAAUAUUAUGGAGGAUGCCAUGAGACUCUUUCAUGAUAUGGUGUUAGAAGGUGUGAUUGCAGAUAGUGUUACUUACAAUACUCUAAUUCACGCUUUCCUUAGGCGAAAUGAUAUCCAGGAAGCGAUCAAGCUUAUGAACGACAUGGUUUUUCGAGGGUGCGCUUUGAGUGAGACAACUUACAAUGGUUUAAUACGUGCACUAUGUACAGCUGGGGCGGUGGAGAAAGGGUUAGGCUUGUUUGAUGAAAUGAUCAGGAAGGGUUUGGUUCCCAGUAAUAUUUCAGUUAACAUAGUGAUCAAUGGCCUGUGCAGAGCUGGUCAGAUGAACAAUGCGAUGGAGCUUUUGCGAGACAUGAUUCAUCGAGGUAUUGAACCUGACAUCGUCACCUUUAACAGCCUGAUUAACGGUUUCUGCAAGAUGGGACGUGUUGACGAGGCAUUGAAUAUUUUCCACAAACUGGUGGUUGAAGGCAUACAACCCGAUGCUGUGACUUAUAACACUUUGGUUUGCUGGCACUGCCGAAAAGGAAUGGUCGAUGAUGCUUAUUCACUUCUGGAUAGAGGUGUCAAGAAUAAGUUUAUACCAAAUCAAGUGACAUGGAACAUCUUAGUCCAUAAUAUUGUUAAGGAUGGUAAGUGA